UGACGCUGUUUGCACACCCACUCUUAAAGAGAGAUAGGAGAGAGGAGGGACACAGAGCGGCACGGAGAGCCAGUCCGUUCACAGCUCCGACUCCACCGGAGCUCCUCUGCCAGACGGCGCUCGUCCAAACCUGACACAUUCCACUCUCACCCCGUAACAGCUGACAGCACGUUCUCCGUUUCCCAGCUGCACCCAGGAACCCACAUCCAAAAGAAAAGACAAAAAAAGGGACUUGAUUAGUUUUGCGGAGGAGCGAAGGGACGCCAGCUCUCGGCGAGGAGGCUGGGUCGAGGCUGGAGGGGGGUGACUGGUGAAUGGAAUGGAACCUCAGAAGGAUGGAAAGUGAACUGAGGCACGUCAACCCGGACCUGCUGCAGCCCAGCAAGAGCUUCAAGAAGCCCUCGUCAGGCACCAUCACCCUCAAUGUAGGGGGGUUUCUGUACACCGCCCACCGGACCACCCUUUCCAAGCACCUGGGGUCCUUUCUGGAAGAGCUAGCCAAUGGUAAAAAGGCCGUUCAGCACACCGAUUCCAUGGGCAACCCCUUCGUCGACAGAGACGGGCCAGUUUUUCGCCACGUCCUGAACUACCUUCGAACCGGAGAGCUGCAGCUGCCAGAUGACUUCCGGGAGGCGGGGCUCCUGCGGCGGGAGGCCGACUUCUACCGCCUGAGUGAACUGGUGGAGGCCGUGUCCGAGUGGGAGAGUCAAAGGGCUGCCCAGCGGGAACCGGCGUUCUUGGAGGUGACCGACAGCCACGAGCGGUCUCAGGGCCUCAAGGUGUACUGCAGCGACUCCGGCUUCAUCGACAAGGUCAAAGGGCGGCUGGUGCAGAUCUCCAAGAGCCGCCUGGAUGGCUUCCCCGAGGAGUUCGUGGUUUCGUCCAACGUGAUCCAGUUCCGCCACUUCAUCAAGUCGGAGCCCGGCUCGCGGCUCGUCCUGAAGGAGGACAGCACGUUCCUGUGCACGCUGGACUGUCUGAAACUAGAGACGGUGAUGCUAGCACUAAAAUCAGGCUUCAAGCUGGUGACCAGCCUCGACAGCAGCAAAGGCUCGGUGGUGGCGGCUGAGGCUCUGCACUUUGUCAAAUAAAACUAGACAACAGGAAUAAGAGGAGGAGGAUAGGCAGGGAAGGAAAAGUUUACCGACUGAUCUCACAUCCAUCUGAAACUAAGGUGUUGUAAUGUGUCAUUUGGUAGGAGAUGGAGACCAGGUGGGUUGGACUGUCUCAGAGGACAAUGUUUGUAUCUUUACUGCAAAGUGGUGGUGUAUAAAUAAAAUUAUGAGUGAUCGUUUACAGCAGAAUGACAUUUUGACAUUUGCACUGCUUUGUAUUACUAGAAUAUCAAAAUAGCCCAGUUCAUCUUUACAGAACAGACUAAAGACGAGCCCACAAGGAGUCAGAAGACCGACAGCUUUACCAAUAGAUGGUUUCUGCUUUAUCAAUGGCUGCAAAAGCCCUCACAACCAACCGCCAUGUGCACUGUUGUGCCACUCAGCUUUUAUAACAGUCUGUGUGUGUGUGCGCGUGUGUGCGCUUCUUUGGUGUAAUGGCUUGGUGUUUGGUUUAUUAGUCUCGCUGGAGCCUGAAGGGAAAUGCACAGCUCUGUAGGGUUGAUGACACAGACACACACUUCACAUUCAACUGCUUGGUGCAAAGGACUGUGAUUUUAUUUUAUUUUAUUGUCGUUUUUGUUUACGUAAGGGCUUUGAAUCCAGCAUGAUGCAUGUGCACUGAAUAAACAGUGUGUUUGUCAGCGCUGUGGGCCUCGGUGUCACAACUAUUACUUUUAAAUGUGAAUAUUUUACAAAUAAACUAAUAAAAGUGAGACAAACUCUU